CCCUAUAAAAACAUACUAUAGUAUAAUCCCUAUAUAUCAUUCUCUCUCACCCUUUCAUUUCCAAACCACAUCAAAAACAUUACAACAAAGAAUAAAAAUCACUAUCAUCAUACAUACACAAAGAUGGUGACAGGAGAAGAUUUAUACAACGUGAUGUGUGCAAUGGUACCUCUAUAUUUCGCAAUGUUAGUUUCUUACGGUUCAGUCAAGUGUUGCAAAAUGUUCACACCUGAGCAGUGUUCUGGGAUAAACCGAUUUGUGGCGGUUUUCGCUGUUCCGGUUUUGUCUUUUCAUUUUAUUUCUCUCAAUAAUCCUUACCAAAUGGACACUAAAUUUAUCUUAGCAGAUACGGUUUCUAAGGUUCUUGUUCUCUUUUUUCUUUCUGUUUGGGCUAUUUGCUUUGUUAAUGGCUCUUUGGAUUGGGUUAUCACUUUGUUCUCAGUUGCCACCUUGCCUAAUACUCUUGUUAUGGGGAUUCCUCUACUUCAAGCUAUGUAUGGUGAUUUUACAGAAAGUCUCAUGGUGCAACUCGUUGUUCUUCAAUGCAUCAUAUGGUAUACUGUGCUACUAUUUCUACUGGAAUACAGAGCAGCAAAACUCUUAAUCAAAACCGAGUUCCCGGGAAACAAAGCAACCUCCAUAACAAAAUUCGAACUCGACGGCGACGUAAUUUCCCUCUACGGCCAAGACGCGCCGCUGCAAACCCUAUCAGAAACCGACGAAAACGGCCGCAUUAAAGUCCGUAUCCGCCGAUCCACUUCCUCCGCACCAGCCGAAUCAACCUCAUCAAUAACCACCGGCAUAACUCCAACACGCCUAUCCAAUCUCUCCAACGCCGACAUUUUCUCCAUCAACACGCCGUUGAAUUUUCUCGAUAAUCCGAGUGCGAGUCCCCGCUUCUCCGGUUAUGCUUCGACCGAUGCUUAUUCGCUGCAGCCGACUCCGCGUGCAUCGAAUGUUAAUGAGGCGGAGAUAUGUGGUACGCCGGGGGUGGGGAGGUCGCCGGUGGGUGGUGGGAGGGGGUUGAGAGGGAACUCGCCUGAGAAAUGGCAGGGGGGAGAGAGACAAGGAUGCAAGGACUUUACUAUGUCAGAUAAGGAAAUUAGCUUCAGAGAUAGCCUCAAAGUCCCAAUGGCAGGGGAAGCUGUGGACCCAAAAGACCAAAUUUCCAGUAACCAGAAAAUGCCAUAUGCCUUUGUAAUGUUAAGGCUUAUACUUAUAGUUGUUGGAAGAAAACUUUCUCGAAAUCCUAAUACAUAUUCUAGCCUAUUAGGACUUCUCUGGUCUCUAAUCUCCUUCAAAUGGAAUGUAGAAAUCCCGAGUUUGAUCAAAUCAUCUAUCAAAAUCAUAUCUGAUGCAAGCCUUGGAAUGGCAAUGUUUAGCUUAGGGCUUUUCAUGGCUCUUCAGCCUCGUAUAAUUGCGUGUGGUACAAAAAAAGCAGCCAUGGGAAUGGCCAUUCGAUUCCUAUUUGGACCUCUUGUAAUGUCAUUAUCUUCCAUUGCCAUUGGAUUGAGAGGAAAAAAACUGCACACUGCCAUUGUACAGGCUGCUCUUCCACAAGGGAUAGUGCCAUUUGUAUUUGCAAGGGAAUAUGGGCUGCAUCCUGAUAUUUUGAGCACAGGGGUAAUCUUUGGCAUGCUAAUUUCCUUGCCAAUAACUCUCAUUUACUACAUUUUUCUUGGCUUGUGAGAAGCUAGAGAAACCUACUAAGGGAAAGAAGAAUCAAUGGAUGGGAAAAUGUAAUAUUCAAAUUCCAAACUAUGGUAGCAUUUACUCUAAACCAUGUUGGAAUUCAUGAAAGUAAUAUACAUACAUAUGAAAAGAUUCUAAGUCCCAUAACUGAGACACUACUAGCAGAGAAAAUUGAUUUAUGCUUAAAAAAGGGUUAUAACUUUUACUUAAACAAGGGUGUGAUAAGAUGACACAAAUUAGUAGUUGAGAUUUAAACUCAACAUUCCAUUUCUUAUAAACAUGUCUUUUAGGAAUGUUUUGCAUGAAUAAAAAUAUAUAUACGUUUUAAAUAUAUGUUCAAUUUUUUUAGAUUUACUCACCUAUUUAUUUUAUUUGCAUUAAUGUGAAUGUAAAAUAAUAGUAAAAGCACCGAAAGGGGGAUAAGCAUUAUCACGACCAAUUAUUAAGGUUGGAGACUUGCUUUCUUGUUGGAUGGAAAAUUUUGUUGGAACAAAUAAGGAUUCUGUCAUUUCAGAUAAAUAAAAGAAAGUGUAUGAAAGUAACAUUUAAACAAAUUAUUAAGGUGAAGAUUUGUUUGUGUUCAAUGAAAAUAUACAAACGCUAAGGUGAAGAAAUUAUUUUUUUUGUGUUGAAUGAGAAUAUUUGAAUGACAAAUGAUAGUAGGUAAAUUGUUAUAUUUGUAUUCAAAUCUUAAACUUCUAACAGCUUUGCUAUGUUGACAGCAAUUUUGCUUACACCGUAUCCUACCCCCUAAAUAACAAUAAACCAAGAUAAUAUAUAUUAUUAAAAAGAGAUGUGCUAUAUUUGGGCUUGGAUCCUCUCCUUCUAUCUUUUUUCUCCACUUCUCUCCUUCACAAAUUUGUCUCUAUCUCUCUCUUAUAUUUCAUCUCUCCUCUUUAAUUUACAUUUUUUAUUAAUCUUCUCUUUUAUUUUACACUUGCUUGAGUGAUGGAGAUGAAAGGAGAGAAGGAGAGGAUCCAAACUAGCUAUAUUUACACCACA